AUGAAGAUUACUACCGUUGUCCUUGCCGCCAUCGGCGUGGCAGUAGCAUUGGCUGUCCCAACGAUACCGCCCACUACCAAGAGCGGUAAGGCCGUCAUUGGUUACUUUGAACCAUUGCACGGCUUCCCCAUUGACCAGUUUGACUUUAGCAAGUACACCCACAUCAACUACGAGUUUGCAUUCGGAGCAAUGUGGAAGGGCGCACCGGACCCAUAUGUGGUCUAUGUCGAUUAUGCUACUGAGGGUCCCAAGAUCAAAGAACUCGUCCGACGAGGACAUGCUAACGGCGUCAAGAUCAUUAUGUCGAUCGGAGGCUGGUACGGGUCACAGACAUUCUCUGAGGUUGCGGCUGAUCCUGUCAAGCGCAAGAAGUGGAUCGAAAGCGCCAUGGCCUUCUUGCGUCCCAACACUCUUGGAGAUAAUACAACUAUUCCUAAUGGCUGGAACAUGGAUGGUCUGGAUAUUGACUGGGAGUUUCCAGGGCGCCCAGGAGCAAUCUGUAAUACCGCCUCACUCAACGACACAGCCAACUACCUCCUCCUCCUCCAAGAAGUUCGCACACAAAUGGACCUCGAGUUCCCAACCAACCACAAAACAAUUACUUCUGCAGUUUCCGUCUUCCCCUGGGCCGGCACCGAUGGCAACUCCUUGGCAAACGUCCAAGCCUUCAUCCCAGUCUUUGACUGGGUGAACAUUAUGGUCUAUGACGUCCAUGGACCUUGGAGUACUUCGACUGGACCUAAUGCGCCUCUAUAUAAUGCGCCUGCUCCUGGAGAUCCAUUUUCUGCACAACAGGCGGUUGAUACUUGGACAGCUGCUGGAUGGCCCAAGGACAAGAUUGCGCUUGGGACACCGUUCUAUGGACGUGCGUUCACGGCGACUGUGAACAUGAACACUCGGGAUCCGGCCACGCAGUAUGCACCUCACACUGGUGUUGCGCCUAAGGGAGGACCCUCGGAUUCGAAUGCGACUUUUGCUCUGUGCGAUGAAGGUGCACAGUACUGGGGGUUCUGGAACUGGGGCGAGAUCCGCGAGCAAAUCCUCAUCGAUGAUAGCCUUACAGUCCCUGUGGCAGGAUGGAAGCGAUACUGGGACAACACGACCAAGACGCCCUGGCUCUUCCGCGAAUCCGACUCUAUGUAUGUUUCCUACGACGACCCAACAUCCAUGUCACUCAAGGUCGAUUUUGCACGUCUGCAUGGGUUGAAGGGUAUUUUCAUGUGGGAAGCGCAGAUGGAUUACAAAGAUGAGUUGUUGACGGUGUUGAACCAGAUCCAUUGUUCGAAUGCUGCGUGUGUUUGCGAUGGUGUUGGUUCUUGGAAUUCGACGGCGGCAUAUAUUGAGCCGGGAAGGAAGGUUGUAUAUAAUGGGCGGUUGUGGACAAACAAGUGGUGGACGCGUGGUGAGACUCCUUCGGGAACUGAGUGGGGUGCUUGGAAGGAUAAUGGUGUCUGUUGA